GCGACAGCAGCAGCAGCAGCAGCCUCAGCUCGGUUGGUGCUGGUGACACUUGUCGUCGCCUCUGACUCACAGCUAACGUUAGCUCGGGUCGGUACGUUACACACUCACUUGUACGGCGGAUAUUAUGGCGGCCGCGGAUCCCCGGUCCUCAAGUGACGGCGGGCCGGCCAGCAGAGGCGGAUUUCCAGCCGGGGAAAGCAGCAACGACCGCGACGGGCCGGGCGGCGGCGGCGGCGGUGGUGGCAGCGGCGGCGGCGGCAGCGGGGAGGGCGAACGGGAGCGGGACCGGGCCACCUUCGAGUGCAACAUUUGUUUGGACACUGCCAGGGACGCUGUCAUCAGUAUGUGCGGCCACUUGUUCUGCUGGCCCUGUCUGCAUCAAUGGUUGGAGACGCGGCCCAGCAUGCAGCAGUGUCCUGUGUGUAAAGCAGGCAUCAGCAGGGAGAAAGUCAUCCCACUGUAUGGCAGAGGGAGCUCCAGCCAAGAGGACCCCAGGUUGAAAACUCCACCUCGGCCUCAGGGACAGAGAACAGAGCCAGAGAGUCGAGGCGGGAUGUUUCAGGGUUUCGGGGACACUGGCUUCCACAUGUCUUUCGGCAUCGGGGCUUUCCCCUUCGGCUUCUUCACCACUGUCUUCAACGCCAACGACCCCUUUCACAGAGCAGACCAGUAUGCAGGUGAUCACCAAGGCAACACUAACCACAACAAUGGCAAUAACAACUGGCAAGACUCCCUCUUCCUAUUCGUGGCCAUUUUCUUCUUCUUCUGGCUGCUGAGUGUGUGAUGGAGACCGGUGGAUAGGCGGAUAGACGAGAGGAUCGAUGAGCGCAAAGAAAAAUGAAAGAAACUCUUACACACUUAAGCCACACUCACACCACCAUUUUAAAUUUCCUAGCAGGUACUAACUUGGGAGAGAGUGUGGCAUUGUGUUUGAUCCCAAAACAAGAAAUACAGGAUAUAAUACUAUGUUUGUUUGGUUUUCUCCUCCUGGCAAAGGCAGACUCACUUUAGGAUUCUCAACCACAUGCUACGUUGAUUUUGUUUAUACAAAAAACACUGGAAAGUAGUGGUGCGUGAAUCCCAAAAAAGGCAUGUUGGAACUCCCUCUCUACAUGGACCUGUAGAUAUAUGCACACAGAAAAAUAACUGUUGGGGUUCAGAGACAGUAUUAGGUAUCAGGGUAUCAGGGUGAGCUAUGUAAAGGAUUUUCAUAUUUUUUGGGGGUGCAGAAAAGAGGUGGGUGUAGGAUAGUUUGGCUGACUUAUUCUGUUUCAGUUUUUCACAUUCCUCUUAAAGGUUUAUUCCUUCAAUAGUUAGAGGGAGGUUGUGGACAGUUCAAGUGGGGUUAAAACAGGGAAGAGAGGGAGCACUAUGACAUAAUGUAGUGGUUGCUAUAAUAGCAACUUUUUCUUACUCUAAAGGGCCAAAGAGUAGCAGACCAGUCAUGUACGAUGCCGGGGGAUGAAAAUUGUAAUUGAAUUAUGUUCCUGUUAACAGUUCCCUUAUGAAUUAAAAAAAGUACUUCUUGAAUUUGUGACUUACUCUUAAAAACAGAUGGAAAUAGCACAGAUGGACGCAUUUUUUUUUUUUUUAUAUAUAUAUAUAUACAUUUGUCUUAACAAAAACCUGCCAUUGCACUGUGAAGUUAUUUGUAUACGGAGCUGUCCUAAAGAUUGAAGCGUGUGCUGGUGUUUAACCACUUGCUGUGUCUUUCCUCACAAAGCUGUACAAAGAUGGAUAAGUGUACUGUUAAAGGGCCAGUUUGGGAAAUAUUUGCAUCAACAUGAGAGAGCAAUCUGACAAGCACAGUUUGUCAAUUAAAAUUCCCGACUAAUUAGUAGCUCAAUGAGAUGCUACACAAUACUUGUGUAGCAUCAUUAGGGCUGAGUCGAUGCGGUGUCCUAGGGGAGGAGAAUCCUUUCAAUUAGUCGUGGAGGUGGAAGGGUCAGCACGCUAAGAAUUUACUGGAAUGACCAGCAACUGUUCAAUGAACUUUCUGUCACAGUUGAUUAGUUUUUUUUUUUUCUGACUGUAUGUGUCUGAGUGAGUGUGUAAACAUUAUAUAUUUGUAUAUAUGAAUAUUGUAAAUGCUGUUUCUACGUGUUCUGAUUGGAUGGCCAGCCACAGAGGGCGAUAGGGGACGAGAUGAGCGAGUAGGCCUAAAGAUGCUUUUGUAAAGCGAAAAACGAUCUGGUUCCUGGUUUGUCAUUAUUACCUUUUACUCAAGAAAAGGCUUACAGCCCAAAUGAAUAACUCUUCUGCUAACCUCUAGAUAAUUGUCUUUCUUUCCUUUAUCAUUCAGCUCCUUUGCUCUCUUGUAACUGCAUUUUAAACGUCUCCCUUUUAAUGUACAAACUGUUUGAAGCAGUUGAGCAACGUAAAAGCAGAGAUGAGGACUGGGCUACUGGUAAACUCACUUCCUCCUAAACUCCACUCCCCCAGAUUUUUGUCAUUGAUGUGUAAUCUCACUAGGUUUCAGCUGAACUAGAUCUAAUGAAUCAGGUGUUUGGCACAUUCAGGGUCAGAGAUGAAACUGUAGGAUGGACAGGAUGGCUGCUCGGGCUCUUCAUUGCCUGCAUAUUUGUCUGUUCAAGCUACACUUUGUAUUAUAAGGCUUAUGUGACACUAAAAACAAGUGAUGGAGGUCAUGAUUUGACAAACUAAAACUGGAGACGUGCAAAACCAUAUGAUGUAGAAGAUUAAAACUUCAUUUAAACAUUGA